AUAUACCAACUCUAUGUCAUAGUUGAAAAUGGCUACGUCUUCAAUUUUCAGUCGGGCAAGCUAACUGCUACCAACAACAAACUCAUCGAUCUAGCGCUCAUGUCCACAUGUAGGCUUGUAGCCGAAGAAAUGAAGGGCGUCGCUCUGCGCACAAACACCAUCACCUUCACUACUGUGUACACUGAGGACAUGCGCAAAAGGGCAGGCCGCUUCAAUUCCAGAAUGGCAGGCUCGUACAACAUGAGAAGUCGCAUGCUCGAAUAUGCGUGGCCCUGCAUCACCACAGACAUCUAUCACGAAGUUGCUCGCGAGUAUCCACGGUUUCUGCCUCUCCUGGAU